GUGUCGCUAUGUGUGUAUGCAGAACAAGAAAUGAAAAGAAGAAGAAGAAGAAGAAGAAGAAAUGAAAGAAAGAAGUGACAGAAACUGAAAUAAGUAAAAAAUCAUCAUUGUGUGGCAUUUAUUUGGUGCAUUGUAUAUUAUAGACGCUCCCAAUAAACGCAAUAUUUUUCGUCAUUAAUAUUCAUUCUGUUUUGUUCAAGUGUCUCACUGUACGAUUCGAUCGAUCAAAGUGAGAUUUCUGACUAGAACGAAUCAGCAAAUAUCAAUCGGAGCCGAUUGAUAUCAACAUUUUUUUUUGGAAGAGUUUUCAUACGAUUUUAUAAUUAGUGCCAAAAAGUAUUUGAAAAUGCCAGCCGCCACGGAGCAACCGGCGGCUAAAAAGGAACGAGAGGAACUGCUGUGGCAGUCUCUCAAGGAGCAUGUAAUGAGAGAGCGACAAAAAAUCAAAGAAGAACAAGAGGCUGAAGUAGAAGAGGAACGUUUGCGCAAAGAGCGAGAGGAACGUGAUCGACAAGAUGCAAUGACAUUGGGAGAAACAAAGGAACAAAUUCAAAUUCUCAACACACGACUCAAAGAAUUGCGGAACGAGAAGCAGCAAUUGUUUUUACGAUUGAAAAAAGUACUGAACGAAGAUGAAAACCGGAAGAAACAGCAGCAACAAAAGGAUAGUGAGAUGUUUGCAUUGCAAAGCAUUGUCCAGCAACAAGGGUCACAUCAACAAAUUUUUUUGCCACCGCGUGCACCACAGCUGAUGCAAAAGUAUUUGCAAAGUGGUCCACCGCCGAUGAGUGCAACACCACCAAACAAACGUGGCCGAAGUCCAUCACCAACGCCACAAUACUAUAAGACCAACAAUCCACCAUACCCGCCCAGUCAAAAACAUGAGGAUGGCAGACGAGGCGGUGAAAUUGCUCGUACUGUCUUAUGGAACAAGCCAACGUACCAGAAUCCACCGGGAACACUUUAUUAUCCGUCCAAUUCACAAGAUUCACGGCAGUCGAUCGUGUAUCCGGCUUAUGCACCGAAUAUGAAUAUUCCAAUGAUUUCAUCAUAUCAUCCAGAGUUAACGCAACAACAAGCUCAAUCACAAGCUUUGUCGUCAGAGCAGUCACAGCAACAAUCGUCUCAGGUACAAUCUCAGGCGCAACAUCAGUCGCAGUCGAAUCAACAGCCCACGUCUCAGUCGUCGAAUACAUCACACGAUAAGGGAAAACCGUUGCAAAGUGUUUCACAACAUUCACAACAUUCACAAUCACAAAAGAUACAGCAACAGUCAAGCCACGGCGGUCCACCGCCACCUCAUAAGCCACAUGCCCAACAGAUUUCGUUGGAGAAGCUGAACGAGCGCGGUUAUCAUUUGGAGAAGCAGCAACCACCACCAGUGCAACAAUCGACUCACAUUUCCGAAAAUAUGUAUCGCAUGCCAAUGUCGUUGUCAUCGGGAAUGCUCACAAUAUCGCCACAAAAUCAACAGCAAAUUCAAAAUAUGAAGCCAAGUGGAAGCAUCACACAAGGAUACAUGACAACAAAUAACACAAUUAAUCGUGCACCGCCGUCAGCUUCACACCAGCAGCCUCCACAAUCGCAACCAGCUUCAAUGCCGCCAAUGCAUUAUCAACGUCACCGCUACUAGGCUACGAGCAAAUUGAAUGAAAAUUUAUCAACACCGCGUAGAUUCACUACACUCGAAUGAAAUGAAAUUUAAAAAAAAACAAUUAUUAAGACAUAAAGGGAACCACAAUGCAAACAAUAUUUGCAUGUAGCCUGUGACGUGUUGUGAUUUCAUAAUAUGCUAGAUAAUGGAUUCGAUUAGCGGAAACAAAACAUAGGCAUAAAUUCGAAUAAAUACUUUAUUGAACGAAUCACAAA